UUUUACUUUUGACUGUAAAAGUAAAACUAACACACGACAUUGAUUUGGACGAAUCUUAAGCAAUUAUUUUAGUUAAUACCGAUAAAUACUUGCACAACUUUUAAAUCAAGGUCAUAAAUUAAUGUAGAUUAUCCGGUUGCCUAAUCUGAAAACGCAAUUAGGCCACAGACACAUCAGCAUGUUCAGGUUACCCAGUUUUUAAAGACAGAAAUGUCGACUUUAGAAUCAUAAUUUAUUUCUUUUAAAGUUGUUAGCAGAUGAUAUAUUUUCUGAAAAAUAAAAACGUUUUUUUUUUUUAGUUAGCAUGUACGUAAAGACAACCCAAAGGUUUUGAAAAAUGUUAAAGUCAACUUAACGAUAGCAAGUUUAGCUUGGUGUUUUUAUGCUAAUCAUAUCAGCGAAAAGUCAUUUGACAGCUAGGCCAUACCGAUACAAUGUUAGCUAAACCAAAGUGUUUUAAUGAUAAACCUUCUAACUAUCAGGCUCAGUCAAAUGUGAUGCGUUUCAAUGUUAUCAAGAGCUGAGUGAAGUUUAGUUUCGUGUAUUUAUCUUAUGGCUUGUUUGUGGGCAACAAUGCCAACUAGGCCACGGGUACACAUUAGCAUCCCUGUUAGCCGCUAGCUUCCCGAGUCCAAGUUGAAGGCAAGUUCGUGUGCCUUUAAAACCGCGGAGAGGGCGGGGUCGUGCUGGAGGAAGGCCCGCGGAGGGACGCUGUAACCGGGGGAGGGACACAUCCAAGCGGACGGGGACGCCGAACGACGCACGCAAGCCAGCCCAGCCUCAACAGACACUUUUUCCUCGUCCCUUCUGGCUCACGAGUUGUAGAGUUACAACCGUGGAAGUUCUCCCCUCUCGGGAUGACAUCUGAAGGCUGAUCCAACCCAGAGAUGACAUUACCAGUGUGAAGACUGAAAAUGGCCGCCCAUACGACUAAGCACUUGGAGUGUCUUUGACAAAGCAACCUGAAAGGUUCCAGAACAUUCUCCGACUCUUGAAAGAAAAUCACCCGCAAACCAGCGUUCAUCAUGCCGAUCCUCAAGCAACUGGUCCACUCCAACCACCAGUCCAAGCGGCGUUCUCGCGCAGACCUGACCCCGGAGAUGAUCAGCGCUCCUCUGGGCGACUUCCGGCACACCAUGCACGUGGGGCGCGGCGGCGACGCCUUCGGGGACACGUCUUUCCUCAGCACGCGCUCGGGCGAGGCCCCGAGCGCGGAGACCAAGCGUGGCUCUCCGGGCUCCAAGCCGUCGUUGCUGGCACGCACCUUCCGCGGCAGCAAACGCUCGCACUCAGUCAACCGUGGGGACAGAUACGAGUACAUUGCCGCCGUGCCACCCGCCGGCUCAGCCAACUUUGUGAAAAACGCCAUCUCCCUGCCGUACCUCAACCUCCACGAGGGCAGCGGCAGAAGCCAGGAAACCGGCGUCUCCAGCAGCAAGCCGGCCGGCGGGCCGGCGGCCAUCGCCACCUUCGAUGCGGAGUUCGACGAGCGCAACUUCGGCGAACUCACCGAACUGCCGCCGCCCCAGCCGAAGAGCGGUAGCAGCCUGAAGCACGCGGAGUCCAUGAUGUCCUUCCACGUGGAUUUGGGGCCCUCCAUGCUCGGCGACAUCCUCAGCGUGAUGGACAAGAAGGGAUUAGAGGACGAUGACCUGGGCUACGAGGAAGGCAAGGGCAGCGAGGGUCACGGCUCGCCCGCGCACAUCCCGCUCAUCGACGACGACGACGACCCCCCCGAGGAGCGGCAGCCGCCCGCCAGGCCGCCCCGCAUGAUGAUCUAUCAGCAGAAGGUGAUGGUGGCGCCCUACAGCCCUGAGCCUCACACCAGGGAUAAGCACCAGCACCUGGACAGCUGCUCAGUGUCCAGUUCCGGUUCUACCACAGAGGAAAAAACUCCAUACCCUCAGCACAACGAUACGGACAGUGCCAAGUACAGCUCACCGCGAGGCGAGGACGACUUCUCCUUCAUGGACGACGACGAAGACGAGAUCAGAGUUUAAGACCGGUCCCAGUUUGCAUCCUGAUCCUUGGGGAUCAACCGAACCAUCUACUACUUAGUCAGGCCUCGGUUACUGCGUCCAAUACUGUCACUCGUUGUCUAACCUCAUUCGUCGACGACUCUGGGGAGUCGGCUGCCGUUUCUGGAUGAUCGCAACAUCGGCAUGUUGAAACAGGAAGUGAAAGUUGUGGGUGGGAAUGUGAUUAAGAAGACUGGGGGCAGGGGGGUUCUAAUCCAGGCUCCGGCCUCCCUUUGCAUCGUUUACAUACCCCCGUGCUUGUGUGGGUUUUCUCCCGGCAGGCCAAAAACAUCCAUGUUCGGUUUAUUGAAGAUUCCAUUUUGUCUUGCGGGGUGAAUGUGUGAAGAGCUAAUUGUGCCCCACCUCUUGCCCAAAGUCGACUGCGAUAGGCUCACCCAUUAUCUGUCACCCCAGUGAGGAUAAGAAAUUUUUUUUAGAAAAAAAAUGGAUUGACGAAUUAAUGACUUGUUAAAGUAAUUACAGGGUGUUUCAAAUUUUCACUGCAGUUUUUAAAAAGGUGUGUUUGCACUUGAGUCGCAUUAAAAAAAAAUGAGUGUGUAAUUAAAAAACAAAAAAGUUGUUGUAUGUGUUUUUGUGAAGGUGGCGAACUAAACAUGGUUGGGUAACACCCCGAUGUUGUUGCACUCAAAGCGAAACGGCCUCCCCGACGGGAACUCCCCAAAAUGGACGUCGUCGUGACAGAAUUCGCACAGAACUAAAUCGAAGAGACACUCAACCAAUCAACGGACCCCACGUGUGGAUCGUUGCCGCGAUGCCAUCGUCUGGUCAUCCCGGCAGGAAAAAACUUCAAGACCACAAUAUUUGGUACACCUGCAGCCAAAAACAAUAUCUUCAUGACAAUAACUUGACAUAUUUUGGUUAUCAUAUAAACUAUUUUUCUAAUUGUGGUUGUACUUUGCAUUUCACAAAAAAAAAUCCAACAUUGCAAUUCAAACAAUAUUUUUUAUAGAAGUAAUUUUUCUAGAAUAUAAAAUCCUAAAUUACCCACCUCCAAAGUUUGUGACACAUUACAAAGUAAUUAAAUUAUUAGCAGUAUAAUCUAUUUCGUAACAUGCAUGCCAGUGCCACUAUAUUUUAAACCAUAAACAGCUAUGAUUUUUGUUGCCAUGGGGUUUUAGGUGGUAUAUCAAUUUAAAAAGUUCAUCUUUUUAGUAAAAAGAAUCUCUAUUUUUUUAUCAGAGCUAUUAGUUCAUUAUUUGUAUAAUUGUGUUUGUAAUGAUCAUAUUGAUGAAUAAAAAUGAAAUAAAAAUUGACAACUUGCAGGCUAUAACGUAAAAAAAUGAAAACGGUACUUUUCUAAAUAUACAAUGUAUUUAAAAAAACUAACAAUAACUUGUAGAUUGUUUUUUAAAAUUGUCUUUGGAAAUGCAGAAAAUGGCGCAGGUGUACCGAAUGUUGGGUCUAGUGUGUUUCUAUGUUCGUCAAAUUUAUUUUAAUCACUUUGUCGCUAACAUUAGCAGCAGGUUAUUUUCCUCGUGUUUCUAGAGAUUCCCUUUUUCUUUUUUCUAUCAUUUCUGAGGUAUGAGGGCCAAAUUGGAACGCGCUUAUCAACUCAGCGGAAUUAUUGUGGCAUCGAUGCUUGUGAAGUUUGUUGCGUUAUUCAGCAAUCUGUAAAAUUGCUGUAUUGACAAAACAAUGGGCCAUUGCACCAAAUUGCUGUGAAAAUGCUGUCUUGAGCUGCGUGGACUUUGGUUUUGUAUUUUAAUUUCUUGCAAAUGAGCUGCAAUAAAAGGUGGGAUUUAUAUUAAGAAAAAAAAUACAAACAGCUGUAAAGAUAUUUUCUUACCAACAUAUUGCCAUCUUAUCUGCUCUAAAACGUAAUAUCCACCCUGUUUAUUAUUUUUUCUCUUUCAAUAAAAAACAUU